AUGCUGAAAGACCUACAGUCUGGAAAGUUGUGUCCACUAGAAGCCAUCGUUGGUAUCAAAAAUGCCGAAUGGAGUUCUUGUACCGCGCGUGUUUUCUAUUUUACAAAAGUCGAUGCCCACGGUCGGCCGUUCGCGGUAUACCGGUAUCAUGUGGCGACUCAGCUCCAGGAACUGGUAUACGAAGAGCAAGACAAGGCGUUUUUCGUGGAUGUUUCGCAGACAAAGGACGCGCGGUUUGUACUGAUCAACUGCAACUCGAAGAACUCGUCGGAGAUCUACGCACUAGACAGUCACGACAUUGACGCGCAGCCUCGACUGCUGCGUCCACGCGAGUCUGGCACGUUGUACUUUGCAGAUCAUGCUGCUGACCGGUUCUUCAUUGUCACUAAUGCUGAUGGUGCGCUCAACUACAAGAUCGCGACGUCUACUUGGGACGCAACAAAAGAAGCAGCUGGACUAUGGGAGACGCUUAUUCCCGAGCACGAAGACGUCAAGAUCGAAGAUGUGGAUCUGUUUGAAACGUACCUUGUGCUUUAUGAACGCGUGAGCAGUGUGCCGCGCAUUCGAGUGUGUACACUAGGGAAGCAGGGCGAGGCUGACGUCAGCACUUCUCAUUGCAUCCCGUUGCCUAAAGAGCAUGAGAUUUGUCGAGUUAUACCUGGAGUCAAUCGUGCUUAUGCGGCCCACCACGUCCGUUUUCAGGUCUCUACGCCGCUAGUGCCAGAAAUCGUGUUCGACUACGAUAUGGAGAACAGACAGUUGCAGGUACUCAAGGAGACAGAAUUGAUCGACAGGUCGGUUGCCCAAAAACGUGACACAGCCCGCAAGGUCAUUAAGUCGUCGGUUUGCCCGGAUCAAUUUACAUGUGAACGGUGUUACGUGCCCAGUAUGAGUAGUGCGGGAGUGCGCAUUCCACUGACUCUAAUUCACCGCCGCGACAUCACGCGGAAUGGGCAGAACCCGACACUACUCAUCGGGUAUGGUGCGUAUGGCACUAACCUAGAAGCUGACUUUGAGCUUGAGCAUUUAAGUUUACUAGAGCGUGGAUGGGUUAUCGCACUUGCUCAUGUCCGUGGUGGUGGUGAGCUGGGGUUGCAAUGGUACCAAGCAGGCAAGGGGAUGCAGAAGCGUCACACGUUCGAUGAUUAUGUGUCGUGUACUCAUCAUCUGCUUGAUGCAGGAUACACUAGCCCUGAACGACUCGCUGGAAAGGGAGUGAGCGCUGGUGGACUAAUCAUGGGGUACGUGGCAAACGAGUACCCUCAUCUCUACCAAGCUUUGGUGAUGAAGGCGCCUUUCGUAGACGCCUUGGCGACAAUGCAAGAUCCAUUGUUGCCACUGACAGUUCACGAGUACGAUGAAUGGGGAGAUCCGAGUUGUCCAGAAGCUUGUGAGUACAUUAGGUCCUACACGCCAUGCGAAAACGUGCGUGAAAAGCAGGUGUAUCCUGCCAUGUUUGUGACCGGCAGUCUAAACGACCAGCGCGUGCAGUUCUGGGAACCUGCCAAGUGGAUGUACAAAAUGCGCAAAGUGCAAGCCUCGCUUUCUAAGCGAGAUAAGCGUCUCAUGUUGCUGAAAAUGAGUGAAGACGAUGGUCACUUUGGUGGCGGCGGUCGUCUCGAGCAGCUUGAUGAGAGUGCUAUGGAAAUUGCAUUCCUGUAUCAGGCGCUACACCUUCCGCUCCCGUCAAAAUGA